CUCUUCUCUCUCGUUUGACUACAGUGUUGCAAAAGCAAAGAGCAAUAAAAACAUACGCACACAGACACACACACACUCCACACCGGGACAGCUAGGCAGACCCACAACCGGGGAAGAUCAAAGGGAGCGCGCGCGAGCGAAGCCCUGCGCCCAAAUGGCCCCUUUCACCACCCAGUUUAGGGAGCAGCUGGAAAAGCGGGGACUGGCGAAGAAGGGCUGUGAGGUUGCCUAAGGAUCCGGGAGCCGAAAAGAGACCGGCUGAUUGGAAGAAAAAAGCAGAGCGAUGGAGGCGGGGGAAGUGCGAGCUCUCUGCGGGGACUGGAGCGAGUCCACGCCCGGGGCCAGCGCUGCAGAGCUGGCGUGCAUUCAACCAACGCUUCCCAGCUAAAGCAAGCCCAGGGAAGACGGAGGGGGGAAAAGGGGGAGCUUUUCGCCCCAGCCUGCCGAUCUGCAGGGUGAAAACUGAUUGGUUGACGCCACCGUGAAGGGGGGAGAGAGGGAGCUUGAAGGGGGAGACCCAGACGGUGUCACCCUAGGGUCUGAGAGGUGGAGGAUGAACGGAGAAGCGGAUAGUCCAACUGAUUUAGAAAUGACAGCCCCCAAAAAUCAAGACCGUUGGACCCAGGAAGACAUGUUGACACUUUUAGAAUGCAUGAAGAACAACUUGCCCUCCAACGACGGGAGCAAGUUCAAAACCACCGAAUCCCACCUGGAUUGGGACAAAGUGGCCUUCAAAGACUUCUCUGGUGAGAUGUGCAAGAUCAAGUGGAUUGAGAUCUCCAACGAGGUGAGGAAGUUUCGAACCCUGACAGAAUUGAUUAUGGAUGCGGAGGAACACGUGAAAAACCCAUACAAGGGCAAAAAGCUGAAGAAGCAUCCUGACUUCCCCAAGAAACCUUUGACCCCGUACUUCCGUUUCUUCAUGGAAAAGCGAGCAAAAUAUGCCAAGCUGCACCCGGAGAUGAGCAACCUGGAUCUUACUAAGAUACUUUCAAAAAAGUAUAAGGAACUCCCUGAAAAGAAAAAGAUGAAGUAUAUCCAAGACUUUCAGCGAGAGAAACAAGAGUUUGAGCGGAAUUUGGCAAGAUUUAGGGAAGACCAUCCUGAUCUCAUUCAGAACGCCAAGAAAUCUGACAUCCCUGAGAAACCCAAGACUCCUCAACAGCUUUGGUACACUCAUGAGAAGAAGAUCUACCUGAAAGUGCGUCCUGAUGCCACCACGAAGGAGGUGAAGGAGGCGUUGGGCAAGCAAUGGUCUCAGCUCUCGGACAAAAAAAGGCUGAAAUGGAUUCAUAAGGCUCUGGAGCAACGGAAGGAGUAUGAGGAAAUGAUGCGGGAUUAUAUCCAGAAACACCCUGAGGUAAACAUUGAAGAAGGAGUUCCCCGUUCCACAUUGACCAAAGCUGAGCGGCAGUUGAAAGACAAGUUUGAUGGGAGACCCACCAAACCCCCUCCGAAUAGUUACUCUCUUUACUGUGCUGAGCUGAUGGCAAACAUGAAAGAUGUCCCAAGCACAGAACGGAUGGUGCUCUGCAGUCAGCAGUGGAAGCUUCUUUCCCAGAAGGAGAAGGAUGCUUAUCACAAAAAGUGUGAUCAGAGAAAGAAAGACUAUGAAAUUGAGCUCCUGCGUUUUCUGGAGAGCCUACCUGAAGAAGAACAGCAAAGAGUUCUGGGAGAGGAGAAGAUGCUAGGAGUGAACAAGAAAGGUGCUACCAGUCCUGCCUCUAAGAAGUCCUCACCAGAUGCUAGCAAGGGAGGUUCUGAGAAACCCAAACGGCCAGUUUCCGCUAUGUUUAUCUUCUCGGAGGAGAAACGCAAGCAGCUGCAGGAGGAGCGACCCGAACUGUCGGAGAGUGAACUGACCCGGCUGCUGGCGCGGAUGUGGAAUGAUCUUUCAGAGAAAAAAAAGGCAAAGUACAAAGCUCGUGAGGUUGCCCUGAAAGCCCAGACAGAAAAGAAGCACAGUUCUGACAAGGAGGACCGCGGCAAACUUCCCGAGUCACCUAAAACCGCUGAGGAGAUCUGGCAGCAAAGCGUUAUUGGAGAUUAUCUUGCCCGUUUCAAGAAUGAUCGAGGAAAAGCACUUAAAGCCAUGGAAUCCACCUGGAAUAACAUGGAAAAGAAGGAGAAGCUGAUGUGGAUCAAGAAAGCAGCAGAGGAUCAAAAACGAUAUGAGCGAGAACUGAGUGAGAUGAGAGCUCCUCCAUGCUCAACAAAUGCCUCCAAGAAGAUGAAAUUCCAGGGUGAACCAAAGAAACCCCCCAUGAACGGGUAUCAGAAGUUCUCUCAGGAGCUGCUCUCAAAUGGUGAACUCAACCACCUUCCUCUGAAGGAGCGGAUGGUGGAGAUUGGGAGCCGCUGGCAGCGCAUCUCUCAGAGCCAGAAGGAGCAAUACAAGAAGUUGGCUGAAGAGCAACAGAAACAGUACAAAGUGCAUCUGGAUAUAUGGCUAAAGAGUUUGUCGCCACAAGAGAGAGCUGUAUACAAAGAGCAUACCUCCAAUAAACGGAAGAACAUGGGGAAAAUGCGAGGCCCAAAUCCCAAGAUGAAGCCCUCAAUACAGUCUAAGUCGGAAUCAGAGGAUGAGGACGAAGAUGACGAUGAUGAAGAAGAAGAGGAAGAUGAUGACGAUGACAAUGGGGACUCCUCUGAGGAGGGAGGGGAUUCCUCUGAUUCAAGCAGCGAGGAGGAGAGUGAAGAUGGGGAUGAGAAUGAAGAAGAUGACGACGAAGAGGAUGAUGAUGAUGAUGAAGAUGAUGAUGACAACGAAUCAGAGGGCAGCAGCAGUUCUUCAUCAUCUUCAGGAGACUCUUCUGAUUCGGACUCCAACUAAGCCAUCUCCUGCCUCUGGCCACUUCUCUCGCUGUGCUGUUAUUCGGCUUUGUUUCUCUGGAUAACAGCAACAUCCACGGCUAGAGAGCUAGGAUUGGGAGGAAAGGAGAGGGGGGGAAAAUCACUGUGGUUUUAAUUAUCUUCCUCUCCUCACACACAUCACAUAAGAUGGUUGUAUGUUUGUGUGUGAGAGGAGCAGGGUGGUAGAAAACAGCUGACAACCAGCGAAGGGUUUUUUUUUGUUCUUUGGGGGGGGUGUUUGUUUUUGUGGUGGUGGUGUGGGGAGCGAGGUUUUUUUUUCUUACUUGUGCGGGGGAAUUCCUUUCCCCCUUGUGAGAAGAGGGAGGGGUCCUUGCAACAACAGACCCCUUAAAUUUCCUCCUCACGUAUUGACCUCCCCACCCCCAAAAUUCUAGCCACCAGCUCAGAACUUUGUACAAAUUCUUUUUUUAAAAAAGCAAACAAACAUGGCAGUGAGAGACUUUUUUUUUCCUGGCAAACAGUCAGGAGAGACGGGUUCCAGAAAGCGUGAGCCGUGGAAGGUUCUGGACUUUGCUACAACGACCCGCCUGUCCUCAAAGUGGACAAUCUUGUACAGUCUUGAAAUUUCACACCUUGACGAGAGAGAGAGAGAGCGCAAAAUGGCCGCAGCUGCACUUAGCUAUUUCCUGUGACGAACUGGAUAUCCAGCGUUUCCUGCUGAGGGAAAUGGGGGUGGGUGGGUAUGUUUUGUGUGAGUGCGUGGCAAGGAUCAGGGGCUAGUAAAGAAAUGGAAGAACAGGAUUUUUUUUGCAGAGGGGGAGUGUCUGGCAUGCUGUUGAGGGGGGAAAGAAUUUCAAGAGCUCCAAGGUGACAUGACUUUCUUUUGUAGAAGGUGGAGUUUUUCUGUCAUUUUUCUGACCAGCAUUCGAGCAAAAGACAGUAGUGGCCAGACCCCUUUGGGUUGUUGUUGUUGUUAAUAUAUAUAUUUUUUUUUACAAUGAAGUGACCAAUAAUUGUACCAAAAUGGGGCAUUUUGUUGACUGUCUUUGGAAGGGGAGGUUGGUUGUGGGUGGGAAUGUGGGAGGAGGGGGGGAAUCAUCUGUGUCAUUAGUAUUUUUUUUUAAAAAAACAAUUUUAUAAACUAAGUAAGAUGGUCAUCUUUUUUUAAUAACCAAAUUAUCCCAUCCCUGAUAUAGGUAAAGUACUCUGAAUAUCUCUCCAUGUAAAGGCCAGUGUCCUAAGGACUGCAGAGUGGGGGACGGGGGUAGAAUGUGUGUGUAAGAGACACAGAUUUAUUUUUCUCAGCAUGCCUUGCUUCCGUUGAGACUGUUUAUAUUAAUUGAACUGUGGACAAAAGGACUAUGACAAGGAGAAAUGGAUUCCCAGAAAGCAUGUGGUAUACCUCUUUGACCCUCUGCAGAAAAGCAAGCUCAGUUCGUGUCUUCUGUGCUGGCUGGAACUAGAAGUUGUGGAAGUCAGGUGUCAGGUGGGCAAUUGCUGAAAACAGCAUCUACCACUUCCCAUCCCUUUCAGUAAUGUUGGCUUGUUCAUGCAAAAUGUCAUUGUGCUCCAGCUCCCCACCCCUCCAGCCUGGCAAACGAAGUGGAGGAGGCAGGAAAUUUGCAAUGCACUGGUAUCCUGUCAUGCUUUUGUAUUACGGGGAAUGGUGUGUCAGGGACACUGGGCUGCUGUUUUCGACAGCAGCUAUGUCUCUCGUGCCUAUUUCUGGUAUGAAAACUGGAACCCAAGUGAUUGCAAAUGGAAUACAGACCAGUAUGUUGCUAACUGGACCAGAUAAAUUAAUUUUAGAGCUUUCUCUUUUGCUGCUAAUGAUUUCUUUUCAGUUUCUCCCUCUUUUUUUCAUUUUCUUUCAACAUUUUACAUGUACAGAUCAUCAGUUAAUAGCAUAUGUUUUGGAGAGAGAGUAUAGCUUUGUGUAGCCAUUAGUUUGGCAUUCCAUAGAAUAUUGUUAUGUGAACUCAUAAUACAAGAACGUAGUCUUAAAGGGUUGAUGUAGCCCAAACGUAACCUGCAGAGGACCAAACGCUGGCGCAUCUCGCCCAUUUCCCCCCACCAUUUUGAUUCCAGCCUCUAUUACCUUUUGAUCCCUCUUUUAGAGGAGAGAAAGGUGGAAAUUAAACACACAUUACAUUUUGCUAGCUGGUUUUAUGUAAUCGGGAAACCUGAAGUGUCGUGUGGUUUCUAAGCAACUGUCCAUGAUGUUUUUUCUGCUCCUGCCCCUGGAUGCUGAUACAGGCACUGGGAACACAUCUCUAAAAAGUGGGGCCAAUCUGGUUGCCUUGCCCUCUUGUAGCCCUACCACUAUGAUAAUCUGAUAGGUCUGGUUGUGGUGUGUGAGCGGCUGACGUGAGAAUCCUGCAGGGUUUCAAGGGCCUUGGAAACUCUUUGCUCUGUGUAAGCCCGGUAGGAAAGAGGAAGGGGAUCAAAGUCCAGAAGAAGGCUUGAAAGUGAAAUUGCCAAAGUGGGGAAGGAGGUGAACAGGAUUGGAGGUAGUUGGAACUGGGGCUUCAGUAACCUUGCGCAACUGUUCGCCUCAUCUUUUGAUAGCAGAAUCAAUUCAUGUAGGGUGGCGGAAUGCUGCUUUUCUGGUAGGAGAAUUUUGUUUCUACUUAGACCCUUCUGCACUGGCUCAGUUCAGCCAGCCACUGUAUGAACUGAUGAAAACUGUCAAAAGUGGAAAGACUGUGAAGCUCCCCUCCUAACAAUACCAAAUUUGACUUUUUAUAUUUGUUAUCCCGCUUUUCCUAGCUAUGCAAAAAAAGUUUCCUAUCAAUAACGGGACAAGGUAAAAAAUGUUUUUCAUGUUCUAUUUUGAUGUCAAUUUCCUUGUCUUCAGUAUUGAUAAGCAACUCCACCAACAGGAAUGCUGCAGGGAGACCAGUAAUUUAGUGUGAGCGACAUCUUGGUUCCAUCCCUUGCAAGCAUUGGGUUGGACUCAAAGCACUCAGAACUGCAGGUGUGUCUGAAAGCCACACAGUUUUCAGAAUAUGUAAUAGAAGUUUGCUCCUUUUUCAUGUUGUAAAGCACAGCAAGAUCACUCGUUAGGUGAUCUAGACGAAAGUUGAGGAUGAAAUAGAUUCUGUGUGUAGGAUAGAUGGAAAGAUAUCUUGGCGGUUAAAGUUGAAGUCGUUCUGCAGUUUGUUCUUCCCGCUUUGCGUGCAGAGGCAAUUGCAUUGGCAAUCCAUCUCUGGUGGGCUUUUGCCAGGUUUCCUUGGUAGAAAUAUCAGUUACAGUGUUAUGGCCCUAUAGCAAUAUGUCUUAUCACCAAUUUUUAAAAACAGUUGGCAAAAAGUCUGCUGAUGGGGAGGCAGACAGUGCGGGAUGUGGGCAGAGAGGUGUGUGGAAGUCCAUGCUGUUUCUCAAACAUAGUUAGGAAAGAUAGUACCAAAGUGGGUUUGGAGAAGCCCAUAGCAGGGAAAAUCUAGAAGGGAGUGCACUGUUACGUUGUACAAAAGCCUCAAAAAGACCCGCUCCAUUUGAGUGGGAAGAAAUGUCUGGGCAAACUUCUGUUUGGAAGCAGCCAUUGCACAUAAGGAGAGGCUACGUAUGCACUCAGCAAAAAACAAAACCCAAAUUCUCAUGUCAAGAAAUAAAAUUCUGCAAUCUGUGUCGAUUAUGCAAAUUAAAUAUAUCUGCAUAUUGCAUAAAUCUUUUUUUUUGUCUGAGAUGCCAGACACUGAAGCCCCAAAUAUUAAAAAAGAUAUUUUCACCUGGCAUUACUCAUUCCCACUCAUUCCCACCUGGCAUUACUCAUUCCCACUCUAAGGUAUAGAAACUUUCUUUAAUAUAAGCUGAAAAGAAGCCAAAAUCUUCCAGAUCCAGUUUUUCCACAUGUGCUGAAUACACACAGCACGGCACAUAUCUUCACUACCUUUUUUCUUUGGCAAUUUAAUUCUGUACAAAAAUGUUUUCCUCCAUCAGAGCAUUUUGAGCCCCACGAUUGCCUUUUGGAAGGCACAGAUACUGCAAAUCUAUCUCUAGACAAGAGUAAUGUGUAUGAAAGUUUUACACAGCCUAAAUAAAUUAGUCUUCUUUCGAAAGGUCAUUUAAAAAACCACCUUCCUACCUAAAACUUCUUUACAUUGAUUAGUUUUAAAACUUCAGGAUCUUUCCUAGUUUUUGUUACAACUGUAGGGGGGCGGGAUUGCUUAAUUUGCAAAUUAAUGUUGUAAAAUCUCCCAGAGGGUCUAUGUAUAAAGUACAUGUGCGCAUCUGAGUGUACGGAGAUAAGACACUGCAGGCUCCAAAACCCUUAAUAGGAAUUUUGUGUUCCUUAACUCUGAAAUUUCUGACCAUCAGUGACCAAUUUGGUAAAGUUGGCAUUUCAAUAAAGAGGUGGUGUCAAAUCUCCCAUCUACCAAAUGAUAAACUUGGUCAUAGUUGGAGCAGUCCACAGUGUGUCAUUGGGCGCUGCGGUGUUUGUACAUGAGCAAGAGGCCAAACAGGCUUGAUUACUCAGCUAUAAGCCACAGGAGGACAAGACCUGUGGGGGUGCUGCUGACCCUAUUGCUACACAAAGUUAAACAUCCAGUCAAUGCUGGAGGCUACUUGUAGGCUAAUGUGUACGUGUUUUACCCAUAAGCAUGAAAUCCUUCACUUUCUCAGCUAGGGGCUAGAAAGCAAUGGCCCUAGUUGUUGAGUGCCAAUCUGGAGUUAUAUGCACAGAUUCCAUGUUAAUGUAGGGUGAAGCAUUUUGCAUUGUGGGAAUGGCUCCCUCAGUAAUACAAGCGAGCAACUAAGUAAUCCAAAAUAGAUUCAAAAAGCUCUUUUCUGUCAAUAUCCUAGAGUGGGCUAGUUCUCCCACCUUCUUCUGCAGGCGGGUUUGCCCCUUACAGUUUUGCAAAGUCUGAUAGGAAAGAUGAGAAUUGUAGGAAGUUAGAUGAUAAAAGUUCCUAACACUGGGUUCUCUUAAUACUUUAUUUACAACUGCUAAUAGACAUAGGCCAAUAUAUAUAAGAGGAACAUACACAUGGAAAGCCCUGGUGCAGGGUUUCAUGUGGCUCAACAGCUUGUUGAGAGCUCUUUGCUUGUCUGCUGGCCCUCUGCCAUGCAGUGUUCACACACCAGUGAUCCGUGGCCAAGGGGAAGCUUUGCAGGCAUGCAAACUCCGCACAGACUUGUGCGUAGAUGAAGCCACCAUGAGACAAAACAUUGAGUCACACAAAGCCCUGCGUGAUGACAAGAAGGAAGCCUUAUUUUAUUCAAUGGGGCUUACUCCUAGAAAAACAUGGAUUUCAGCCCAUGCCUUUGCAUGCCAGAAAAACGGACUAUAAAUAAAUCAGCGCUUGCACUUGAUUGUUAAAUUAGGUGGUACCAAACUGGAAAUUGCCAUUAUUUAAAUCCCCACAUCACCCAGAGGAGAAUCCUGUUUUGUUUUAAAGGAGUUGGAUCCAGCCAGCUUUUCGGUGGAUGAAAAAGGAAUGUGGGGUCCCUUUGAUCACCCCAAAAAAGCAAGGCUGAAGACAAUGAGGCCUGCAUAGACAAAGGCUAUGUGAGAUGGGGGCUGUAGUAAAGAAAAGAAUUGGUGAGAUUGGGUGAAAAACUGCAUCCAAUCCAAGGUGUGAUUGUGCUGAAGUGCAUAAACUUUUCAGCUAACUGUACGUUGUGUUCUUGCCCUGUACCCAUUCUGUGUUGGUUUGCUGCAGAAGAAGGUUUUGACAGCAAGAUUCAUGCAAGGGAAGUGCCAUGUGGAUCCCUAGUUUGUGGAAUUGUAUACCACUAUUGCCCAUCUCUUGCAAGGAAGCUAUCCAAUCCGGGGUUAUUGGGGUGGGGGGAUCCAUUGACAAGGAUCUCUUUAAGUCAAUGUUUUUUCAUUGUUCGUAGCACCACCUGUUUGGUUGGUGUAAUGUCUAAUCUGGCCCUCAACUGCUCUGUGUGUGUAUGUGUGUAGAGAGAGUAGUAAGUUUGGGGAUCCAUUGUAUAAUUUUCCAAUGUCUUCCCAUCACUUGGCUGUUUGUUAACGUGUAGCAAACUUGCACAGAGUAGGAUGACUCCAUGAUGCAGGUGGAUAUGUCAAGACGCAUGUACCUGUCCUACCCAAAGUCUAUCCAUGCCUCUAGAAAUGCAUUAUCAAUUAGGGUCCCCAACCUGUGGCCCGCGGGCCGCAUGCGGCCCCCAAGCUCUUUCUGUGCAGCCCUCCAACCUGCUUAUUUGCUGCUAUCACCCUGCAAUUUUGUUGCAUUUUGAGUUAAGCUGUGGCCCUCUUUAGGCACUGGGCACACUAAUGCGGCCCCCAUGUGCCAAAACGUUGGGGAUCCCUGAAUUAUUGGAAUAAAAACUAUUCCAGAAAGUACAACUGCAUGAGGAAAAGGGUUCGCAACAGAGCUGCCCCAUAUGCUCAGCACAUCUAGAUGAUCACCUAGGGCAACAGACCUAGUCGGGGGUCACUAAUAAUUAGAAGGCCACAGGUCCAGGAUGCAGGGUAGAAAAGGAGGUGAACCAGCAUUCCUCCUAUGCAUGUCUACAAUCCCUGCUCAGAAGUAAGUCCCACUAUCUUCAAUAGGAUUUACUUGCAAAUAUGCAUGCUUAGGAGUGCAGUCUUCAAAAUGAGUCCAUAGAUUUUUUAAAAUGUGUGUGUAUGUUUGUUGAGUUGCAGCACCAAAGUCACAGCUUGCCUAGGGCCCCAUGAAGCCUUGGGCUGGCCAAAACUAGUACUCAUGGGCAGUGGGGGGAUAGAAGAGGGGGUAGCAUUCAUCUGCCUGUUCAUACAGGUGCCACUGCAUCUUUUUCUUUAUUCAUGUCUUCAUGUAUCAUUCUAUUCACAUAUUUGUACCCAAAGCACUUUUUGGCCAUAGGGACACUACAUGCACUGCCUACUGUGCAGUAAUACCCUUUUCUUGAAAUCUGAUGGAACACAUUAGCCAUCGCCAAAUUGGAUUUAAAGUUUUCCCGAUCGGUUUUGCUAAAAACCUAUCAUUUAACCUGGAUCUUAAUGCCAUAUAUGAGUUUUGAUAGUACAUGCUUAAUAUAUAUAUCAUUAACCCAACUUUCUGUCUUGCAUUAACUCCUCCAGUACUCCUAUACUUUAAAAUACAUAUUUGUAAUCCCUCUCCCUCCCCACCUCUCUAAAAUGGGACACCCAAUUUGAUUUUGCUGAAUUGCCAGCUCUGUUGUAUUUAGUGGAUGUGUUUUUAAGUUAAAACAAGAAAAAAAACUUGUUCUUUUCAAAGUAAAAUUCUUACAGUACUGAUGUCUUUUUUUAAAAUAGGUGUUACAAGAGGGGGAAAGUUUGUACUGUAAGAAGGUAGAAUUGAGUGCUUUUUUGCACUGUUAACAAAAUGUGAUACUCCACACAAAAAUUCUUGUGAAAAAAUAAUUUUUUCCUACUAUUUAAAGUGUUUUUAUAGGUUUUAAAAAAAACUUUAAAAUGCCAAAAAAAUAAAUAUAGUCAAAUUCCGUUUCUAUUGCUAAUGAGGACUUGAAAAACUAAGGAUUCCUUGGAUUCCUUAGACGUUUUUGCUUUUUCAUCAAGUUGUCUAGAUUUCAGCCUUGAGUCUGAACAGACUUAAAACUGUGGAUUCCCCCUUCCCCCGCUUAUCCCUUUUGUAUAAUAAAGUGCAAAGUAAAG